AUGAAAUGCAUUUGCAACAGUAAAUCGAAAGACUUAAUUAUAUCAAUAAAAGACGAUAAUGUAGUUUUUUAAACUUGUAAUUAUUAUUUUUCAUGGUUAGGCAAUAACACAAAAAAUGUUAUCCGUAAAUUUCAAGGUUUAUUUGAUUUUAGUGAUAGUAAUGUUAAUUAAAUAAUUCGAUUAAUGUCUUAGAUCUCAUGCAAGAAUAUUGAUAAGAAUUCUUUCAAAUAAAUCCUUGAAAUAAAUACUAAUUGUUCAAAUGUAUUUUUGGUUCUCAAGUUAGCAUUCCGAAAUGUUUAUAAAUAAUGACACCAAUUUCAGGCUUGUUAGUUCUACGCAUUCAACUUCUGCAAAUAGUCCAAAAAUAAAAGAAACAAAGAAAAAGAAAAGUAAAAACCAAAAAACAAAUAAUCUCAACCAAAGUCAGAAGUUGAAAAAUCAAAAUAAAUUUCAGAUUCAAAAAAUUCAUCCAAAUCAACCAAAUAUUGUCCUUUCGUAAAUGAAGAUAUCAGAUUAUUUGAAGAAAAAAUAAAAUAAUAUACAUCUGAAAUUGAUGAUUCCUAUUAAAAAAUAGUCUUAAAUCUCCCGAAAGAAUGGAUUAAAAAAUUUGGAAUUCAAAAAAAAAAAAUGA